CUCUCAAUAAUGUUCGGAGGAAGAGUUCGUUCUCGAUUCUGUUUAUUGCCCGCUAAUAUCUAUCAAAUCAUUGUAUGAUGGCAGCCAACUUCCUUCCACGGCAGACGUUCCCCAGCUAUGCGUCCAUCCCAAGGUCGUAUUUCUUAGGCCAUCACAGGGCUGGCCUGAAAAGGAUGCAGAAUAUGCUGUCGUCCAUUGACUAUGUUGUUGAAUGUCGCGACUACAGAGUGCCAGUUACAUCUAUCAAUCCCAUGUUUGAGGAGGCCUUGGGAAAGACGAGACGGUUAAUUGUCUAUACCAAAAGGGAUCUAGGUGCAGAAUCAGGGUCACCAGCGCAAAAAUUGGCAGAGAAAACAAUUCAAAGAUUUGACCAAAAUAGCGCCGUGUUCUUUGUUAGCUCUGCGUCCCGCCCGGAUGUGAGUUCAAUAUUAAAACAUUUACGAAACGACGCCGAAGGGCCCGACAAGCUCGUUGGAUGUCGAGUUAUGGUUGUCGGCAUGCCAAACGUUGGCAAGUCGACACUAAUCAAUAACCUACGGAACCAGGGUGUGCGCAAGGCCAAGGCUGUACAGACAGGCGGCCAACCGGGUAUUACAAGGAAAAUUGGGACCCCCGUCAAGAUUAUCGAGAGAGAGAAUGGCUCUCACGUCUACGUGCUAGACACGCCCGGUGUCUUCAUGCCUUAUGUCCCCGAUGCAGAGAAAAUGCUAAAACUGGCGCUCUGUGGUUGCGUCAAGGACUCUGUUAUCUCACCCGUCACUUUAGCAGACUACCUGUUAUAUCAUAUAAAUUUGCAUAAUACCCAAGUAUACGAGCGUUGGUCUACCCCAACAAAUGAAAUUAUGCCUCUCCUGAACGACUUCGCCCGCCAUACCGGUCUUCUUGCUAAAGGUGGUGUCCCGAAUACCGAACUUGCGGCCCUACAUUUCAUCCAAAAAUGGCGCGCUGGUGGCUUAGGAAAGUUCUUCCUCGAUGAUCUGCAAGCCGAGGAGCGUCAUAUCCAAGAAGGUACGAAGGAUGAAGUGGGAAUGAGUAUGUCCCAGGCGCGGAAGGCUGAGAGAAUAGCGAGAAAACAACACCCCCAGAAACUGUAAAUAAAAAUCAUAUGUCCAUUGUACAAUAGAACGAGACUUGUUGGUAUCAUAAGUUGAGCUUUUUCUGCUUCUCCUUGAAUGCGUAAAAAGAAAAGGUCAUAUAUCAAAAACGAGA